GAAUCCUUGGAAACGUCUUCCGGCAGCUCGCACAUAUGAUUUCUACUGCCUGUCAUUCAUUCCUAAACUUGCAUAAAGCGCAUUCUUUAAUGUGAAUUUUUACAAUGCAGGCUCUCACGCCUCACGUGCACUGGGCCCAGCGGCACGGGGAGAUUUACCUGCGAGUGGAGAUCAGUGAUGCAGAGAAUAUCAGUAUUGGUGUAGAAGAGAACGUCCUUCACUUUAGAGGCCAAGGACAUGGAGCAAAAGGAGAAAAUCAAUAUGAAUUCAGCCUGGAAUUCUUAAAACCAGUUAAACCUGAGGUGAAACACAGAUCCACUCAGCGGCAGGUGAAUAUUACGGUAAACAAGCAGGAGCACGUGUGGUGGGAUCGGCUCACUAAACAGGAGAGGAAGCAUUGGUUUCUAGCGCCUGAUUUUGACCGUUGGCUGGACGAGUCAGAUGCAGAAAUGGAGCUCAGAGAAAAGGAAGAGAAACUAAACAAAGUUGGCAUUGAUUCAAGGGUCCGAAAGGACCCUUUUGUUGGCUUGAAAAAAGGGUUUCUCUUUAUGUACAACUUGGUCCAGUUUCUAGGCUUCUCCUGGAUCUUUGUUAACAUGACUGUACGUUUAUUCAUACUUGGGCAAGAUUCUUUCUAUGACACCUUUCAUACCAUUGCUGACAUGAUGUACUUCUGUCAGAUGCUGGCAAUAAUGGAAGUUAUUAAUCCUGCUGUGGGGCUGGUUAAGACUGGAGUCAUGCCUGCUUUUAUACAGGUGAUGGAUAGGAACUUCAUCCUUUUUGUCAUAUUUGGUAGCUUAGAGGAAAUGCAGAACAAGCCAGUGGUCUUUUUUGUCUUCUACCUAUGGAGUGCAAUCGAGAUAUUCAGGUAUCCUUUCUACAUGUUGGCCUGUAUUGAUACUGAAUGGAAGUUGUUGACUUGGGUGAGAUACACCAUAUGGAUUCCGCUGUACCCUCUUGGUGUGCUAGCUGAAGCUGUGGCAGUGAUCCAGUCCAUCCCCAUCUUUGAUGAAACUAAACUCCUCAGCAUUCAUCUGCCUAAAGCCAUAGGUAUAUCGCUCAGCUUCUCCUACAUCCUACAGGUCUACCUGGCGCUCAUGUUCCUGGGCCUCUUCAUCAACUUUCGCCACCUUUACAAGCUGAGGAGGAGACGGUUUCGCACAAAGAAGAGGAAAGCCAACUGAGUUCUUGUUCAGGGGAAGACCCAUGCUUAAACCUCAUAACUUCCAUUCUUGUAUCUGUCUUUUCAGUGAUUUAACCUUACUUCUUUUCCAUUUACCCAUUAUAUAUUUCCCCUAUCUCACAGAGAACACAUUACUUAUCCCUCAACUUAAAAACCCAAAUCAAUUGCAUUUACUAUCUACACUUACUGAAGGACCAUGACCAUGCUGGGCUGUAUUGUAUGCAUAUAACUAUAGAAACAUUAGAGAAAUAGAUGCCCAUAUCAAAUAGCUCUAAACAGGACCAUGAAGGUAUUUAUACAGUUUGUCAUUUCAUCUGUGCAUUAUGUUUGCUGUUGUAGAUUAGUUGUGACAGGCUUACUUGACUGAAAAUGCAAGCAGCAUUUUAUAUUCAUGUCAUUCCAUGAGAUGUGUUGUUGGAGUCAUCUCUCUUGAGAACUGAUAAGACAGACCUUGAACCUCAGGGAAAAUCUCAUGAAACAAAUUCACAUAGGAAUAAUCAUUUUAGUGUCAUUGUACACUGGCGGCCAAAAGUUUGGAAUAAUGUACAGAUGCUGUUUUGGAAGGAAAUUGGUUUUUCAGUUCACCAAAGUGGCAUUCAGCUGAUCACAAAGUAUACUCAGGACAUUACUGAUGUAAAAAAUGUACCAUCACUGUUUGAAAAAAAGUUAUUUUUGAUCAAAUCUAGACAGGCCCCAUUUCCAGCAGCAAUCACACCAACACCUUAUCCAUGAGUAAUCCUGCUAAAUUGCUAAUUUGGUACUAGAAAAUCACUUGACAUUAUAUCAUACAUGGCUGAAAGCUAUUUGGUUCAUUAAAUGAAGUUUAACAUUGUUUUUGAGUUGCCACAGUAUGCAAUAGACUGGCACGUCUUAAAGUCAAUAUUAGGUCAAAAAUGGCAAAGGCGGCAGCUUUAUCUAGAAACUCAUCAAUCAGUCAUUGUUUUGAGGAAUGAAGGCUUAUACAAUGCUUGAAAUUGCCAAAAGAAAUGGAGAUUUCAUACAAAUGUGUACACUACAGUCUUCAAAGACAAAGGACAAUUGGCACCAUCAAGGACAGAAAGAGAUGUGGAAGGCCAGAUGUACAACUAAAGAGAAGUACACUAGAGUCUCUAGUUUGAGAAAUAGACGCCUCACAUUUCCUCAGCUGACAGCGUCAUUGAAAUCUACCCACUGAACACCAGUUUCAUGUACAACAGUAAAGAGAAGACUCAGGGGUGCAGGCCUUAUGGGAAGAAUUGCAAAGACAAAAACACUUUUAGACUGGGCAAAGAAACGCAGACAUUGGUCAACAGAUAAUUGGAAAAGAGUGUUAUGGUUCUUAACUCCAUUGAGCUUUUAUGGGAUCAGCUAGACUCUAAGGUGUGUGAGAAGUGCCCGUCAAGACAGCCACAUCUAUGGCAAGAGCUACAGGAAGCGUGGGGUGAAAUGUCACAUGAGUAUCUGGAUACUGACAGCUAGACUGCCAAAAGAUCUAGUAGAUCUGCAAAGCUGUCAUUGCUGCACGUGGAGGAUUCUUUUAAUGAGAACUCUUUGAAGUAGUUUAAGAAGUUUUGAGUUUCAGUUCUGAAGUUUUCAAAUUGUAUUCUUUUUUCAAGUUAUUAAUGUCCUAACUAUACAUUGUGAUCAGUUGAAUGCCACUUUGGUGAGUAAAAGUACCAAUUUCUUUCCAUAAGUGCAAAAUCUGUACAUUAUUCCAAACUUUGGCCACCAGUGUAUGUCAUAUCUGGACAAGAAUGUGCAUGGUAAAUGCAACUGAAAAUGUUUAAUUAGAAAAUGUAUUUGAAAGAAUAUUUGCAUUUUUCAGACUACCGUACUCUAAAGCAUAAAACCAUGUUUUACAAUU